CCGACGCGUGGCCCCUUGCAGGAUCGACGCGCAGCUCCCGCCGCAGUACCGUAGGGCUCCGCCCCUGCCCGUGCGCGCCCCGCCGCCCGCCGCCCGCCGCCCUGCCUGAGCUCCCUGCACGGUUGGUCGACGCUCGCCGCCGAGAGCAGGAUGGAGACGCGCCGCACCGCACUCAUCCCUGCUCUGCUGCUCUGCCUGGGUUUCCAUCUUCUACAAACAGUUCUAAGUACAACUGUGAUCCCUUCAUGCAUCCCAGGAGAAUCCGAGGACAACUGCACAGCAUUAGUUCAGACAGAAGAUAAUCCACGUGUUGCUCAAGUGUCAAUAACAAAGUGUGGUUCUGACAUGAAUGGAUUCUGUUUGCAUGGACAGUGCAUCUACCUGGUGGACAUGGAUGAAAAUUACUGCAGGUGUGAAGUGGGUUAUGCUGGUGUGCGAUGCGAACACUUCUUUUUAACAGUCCAUCAGCCCUUGAGCAAAGAAUAUGUGGCUUUGACUGUGAUUCUUACUAUGUUUUUCGUUGUCAUAAUCACUAUUUCAUUAUACUAUUUCUGCAGAUGGUACAGAAACAGAAAAAGUAAAGAACCAAAGAAGGACUAUGAACGAGUGAUCUCAGGGGAUCCAGCAUUGCCACAAGUCUGACUGACACCAUCAAGCGUAUGGACAGGGAUGCACAGCAUGCCUGACUAAUGUUAAGAUUCCUAUUUUAUUAAUAAUAUUUAUGUUGGGUCAUGCAUUAGGUCAGCAAUGAUGUAUUUUUAAUAUACUUGGAAAAUAUUUUUAUUUUUGUUUUAUUUUUGAGAGAUUAUUUGCUAAUGUAUAAUGUACACAAAAUAUUUAAUAUAGAAAGACAAUUGAUAUUUUUGUAAGAUAUAAUUUCCUGGGCUAAACACCUUAUUGAAAGCUUCAAACGUUAGUUGCUUGCUGCACUAGGAGUGAGAAAUUCCUAGUACGUUGUUUAAGGAAUGUCAACAAGUGACAGAUUUCUGUAAGCCUAAAUAUAUAGUCAAAUCAAUGUAAUAAGUAUACUUUUCCCUACCAUUAAAAUCAAUAAUAAUUGGUUUGACUAUAUCAAGGUUUGAUAUAUUAGGUGGCCAUGUAUUUGAUAUAUUAUUGUGCCAUGUAUGAGAAGAGUAAUUCAUUGGGAAUUAGGGAAAAGCAAAAACAGGUCAUGUGCUAAAUACCACACACUUGAAACAAACCAAUCCUGGGGAGGAUAUGCUCUCUCCUUCAAUCUUCAGCAAUAAUGUGAUGUUUAUCUGCUUCUAGGGGAAGUGUGCAGUUUCCCAUUCCAACCCACAAGUCUUGUAGAUGACUAUCUAACAGAUUCACCUUCAGUAAAAUGAAUUGGAAAACUUAAUUUUAUAUCAUCUUUUAUGUAAAAGUAGUACUUUAUAGAUUCACAAUGUUCCUUAUUUUUGUUAUCAUACAACAUUUAUGUGAGGUAACUUGUUCAUCAGACAAUUAUAAAAAAUCCACACUUAAAUCUGAAUUUUGUGCUCCUGUUUGGAGUAUUUAUUUUCACAGGAACAUUGCUGAAUAAUUCCAAGACUAAACCAUAGUCUAAAAUUUUAUGGUCCAAUCAUUAUUUUAAAGAAUAAUGUAGGACAAUAGUUCUAUAUAUUAUCUAAGGAUGGAAAUCCAGUUUUUUCAUUUUCUAUACAAAAGUUUUAACUUAAAACCAACUCAGUAAGAACUACUUCUAGAAUUUAAAAUUAUGUAUUUAAAAUUAUAUUCUGAUGCAGGGAGUAGGAAAAAUAGGAAAAAUAAAUCAUAGUGUAUUUUUCCAAAUGAGCAAGCUCAUUUGAAAGCUUUUAGAAUUUAGAGACUUAACCAUACUUCCCUGUGGUGGUUGACAUGAAACCAGACGCCUUCUGUUCCCUCAUUUGUUUAGUUUUUGGAAGAGACUAAGGUUUCUUCUGUACUCUGAGCCCAUAGGUCUCAGUGAAUUCAUAAGGUACUUUGGUCAACUGCUGAUCUCGUGCCUGGCUGCCCCAUUGAAUGCUAAACCUUGGGGUAUAUCUUUCUGGAUAACAUACCAGGUCAGGGAGAUCCUGUUCUUCCUCUACCCUUUUUCCUGGUGUGAAUUAGGGCUGACCUCUGGAGUGGCAGGUGGCAGGACUUGCCUCCAUAUGUAUCCAUGCAUUAUAUAUCCUGGUGCAUACACAUGACUCUCAUCCAAAGUACUGGUUGUGUUUCCUUACUAAUAGGGAAACCAGUAAACACACACACACACACACACACCUCUUGAGCUCAGUAGAUCAUAGAACUGCAAUAUUUUUUGUUCUUUCAACCAAUCCUCUUGAGCUCAGUUGACCAUAGAACUGCAAUAUUUUUUGCUCUAUCAACCAAUAUAUAAGAUAAAGCUUAAAAACAAGAUGAAGGGAAAUAAAAUAAAGAUCAGUGAGAUCUAAAAGGAUAUUUCUGUAUCCCAUUUAAAACUGCUGAAGUCAAAUGUGUUAAAAACACAUUUUAAAUCCUACAUCUACAUAUUAAGCACCUACUAUAUGUAAAGGAAGUCUUCCUAUCUUCUGGGAUCUUUACUGUUUCAAAGAAAAUUUAUUGACUAACCAAGAAAUCAAUUGCAGUGCAUUUUUUUUUUUAAAUAAGGGGAAUCAUAUUGGUUCAUGUUUAGCAUCUCAAUUCACAUUCAUUGCAUAGCUAAACACAAAUAGUUUGGGCUGUUUUUGAUCUUUACCUAAGAAUGCGUUAAAACUAACCCCUCUAAGAGAUAAAUCCUUAUUUAUAAAUGAAUAUUAAAUAAUAAAAAGAAAUGACUCGGAUUACUUUCUAUGAGUAAAAAUAAGUAAAAAAUACUUGUUAUAAUGGAGAUGAUGCUUAGCAAGCAUAAAAAAAAAAUGAUUGCUACCAGUUCAUGUUACCUAAAAACAAUGGAAAAAUUUGGCUCCUAUUUAGCCUAUCUUGUUCAUUUUACAAAUUUAUCACCACACAGAAACACACACAGAGACACCUGUUUCUAGAAGGGCUAUGUAUUUUCAGUAUAUUGAGAACAAAAGCAAAUGGAAAUGCAUAAAUACAUAAUUUCUGGUUUCCCACCAAGGCCACACAGUAACUCAUCUGACACAUUCCAUAUCCAAGGAUAUAAAGUUCUAUGAUUGUUACUAAAGGUUUAACCUUAAAAUUCAGACACAUGUAAUAUACUACACAUUUAUAAUACAAUAGAACUCAACUGUUCUCCUAGACAUUCUUUUGGUCUUAUUCCUCUGCCAAGAGUCAAAGUGAUGGGAGAAAUGAAUGUGAUACACUGGUGUGACUAUGUCAACUUAGCUUUUUACUUUUGAGUACUUCAGAAGAGACCUAGCUAAAUUCAAAUGCCAUCAGGUGAAUUUUUUCUACCACAAAUAUAUGAUGCUAGUGUCUAAUUUCUGUUGAAUUCAAUAAUGCACUUUUUAAACUGAAAUCUGAUCCUUUUGUUAAUUUUGCUUCCAUGUCUACUCUGUAUACUUUUGGAAAAAAUGUGUCUAAUUCAGUGCCCAGUAUUUUCUGACAUUUUCUCCUCAUAUUCAUAAGGGAGAAGGGAGAGUAACAACUUGUAUAAACAGUAUAUCUGGGAUGCAUUUUAAUUUUCUAACUAAAUAUUAAUUUUAUCUAAACAUUUAUGUUAUUCAAGUUGGAUGAUGAUAAAUGUAAGAUCAUGUAUUUUUCUCUGCUUUUUUGCACUCUGUAAUUGCACUUUUUAAGUUUGAAGAGCCAUUUUGGUAUACAGUUUAUAUUAAAGAUGCUAUGGAACAUAAAGUUGUAUUGCAUGCAGUUUAAAGUAACUAUAUGAUUAUGAAUUUUAUCAGAGUACUGAAUUGUAUCAAUUUGUUUAUGUUCAUAUCAGCUUUGGUAAAUGUGUACCUUAAGAUAUUGAAGGAGAAUAUAGAUAAUUUACAAGAUAUUAUUAGUUUGUAUUUAUUUUUGCUGGGAACUGAAAAAAAA